UACUCACACAAUGCACUCCAACAGCAAAUACUCCGCCUCAGUGGCGAUCUUAGUUCUCACCCUUUGCGUGCUGGACACACACCAAACAAUUUUUUCCAAAAAGAAACCUGCACCCACAACCGUAGAUGUCAACGGACAAGUAACAGCGCCAAUUCCACAAAAGGAACAUUGGUGGCAGGUGAAAUACAUGGCAGAGCAAUCGGGUGAGACUGCGGGGACAAGUCAUGUUGCAGUGGCUGUGCCUUUGGCUAACUUACAUCACAAAUUGCAAUCCGUUUUGGAAUCACACCAUAACUCGGAAGUUAAAUGGGUGCCUUGCUUGUGUCCGGUAAAGAAGGGAGAACAUCCACACGCAUCUUUGUUUCAUCAUCAUGCGGCGGCGGCGCCAGUGGCUCCACCAACACAAGCACCGCCUGUCUCCAUCAAUUCAGCACCGCGUUACAUAGUGGCUAACUACCAAAUUGAGCCUUAAAAACAAAAAAAAUGAUUUAUUCUAUAAAAGCUUGUGUAUUUCACUAGUAUUUUGUGACCCAUUGAAAUAUGGUCAUUUUCAUUUAAUUUAUUUAUAAACUUAAAACAUUGGAUAGGUGUGUAUACGAUUUAUUUAUAUUUUUUUAAACUCUAUCCUGUCAAAGCUAAAGUAUUUUUUAACUUUGUAUUUGAUAUUUAUUUUUUUAUAUUUAUUCAUGCCAAGAACACGAAAAAUACAGAAAGUCUUGUGCGAAAUUAAAAAUGAAUCUUUA